AUGUCUAAAAAGCCUUAAUAUGAUCUUAUGUGUAAAUUUCUAAUAAUAGGGUCAGCUUAAGUUGGAAAGACUAAUCUACUUACACGUUUUAUUGAUAAUGUUUAUAGUGAAAGUCAUUUAACUACUGUUGGAGUUGAUUUCAAAUUUAAGGAAAUGAAAGUAAAUGGUAAAAUCAUGAAGAUGUAAAUUUGGGAUACAGCAGGAUAAGAGAAGUUCAGAACUUUAACAUAAAAUUAUUAUAAAUAUGCACAUGGUGUUUUGUUAGUUUAUGCAAUUGAUGAUAUUCAAUCUUUUAAAGAAAUCACUUUUUGGAUGAAUUCUUUAAAAUAACAUGGGAAAACAGAUCUUGCUAUUAUAUUAAUUGCUAAUAAAUGUGAUCUUGAAGAAAAAAGGACAAUUUCUAAAUAAUAAGGAGAGGAUUUAGCUAAUUAACUUGCAAUUGAAUAUUUUGAGACUUCUGCCAAAACUGGUAAAAAUGUGAAUGAGGUAUUUCAAAGAUUAGCUGAUUUGGCUGAAUCAUUAAAUACUUAAAAGAUUUCUCUUCCUAAUCUUACUGAGGAUAAUAGUUAUAAGAUAAAUUUAACAUCAAAUACAAGAAAUAAAAAGAAAAGAUAAGAAUGUUGUUGA